AAUUGGGUUUCAGGUUCAUCUUUUCCAAUUGCCUCCGAACGCUUUCACUUCACUUCCUUCAUCCAUGGUUGUAGUUUUUUCCUUUUUCUAUUUUAAGUUUAAUAGCUUCCGAUCAAACCAAGCUCUCUCUUCAGUCGCCUACCCACAUAUCAAUCUGAUUUCUGGUGGAAGAUUUGAUUAAAGAUUUCGGGUUCUCCUCUUCGCUGAUUUGGAUAAAUUUGAAAUGGUACGUUGAAACACACUGGUAUAGGUACAUACCGUUUUCAGAACAUAACCUAAACGCCCCCUGGUAUAGUAUUGACUACCUUUCUCUCUCGCUUUCUCUUUCUUCUUGAUGCUUCGAGCUUCACUCAAUCUCCUAAACCAAAGCCUAACUAAAUCAACCAACUUCUAUGUAAACUUUAUACCAAAAUUACCCUAUUCUUCCUCUCCUUCUGCUUCUUCAUCACUUCAAACCAUCCAAAAUUCUCACUCCAAACCACUCUCAAAUCCACUUUACAACCUUCUUCCUGAAACCCAAAACCCCAAUCAAAUAGUCAACCUCAUUUCCUCAUCUCUCAAACAGACCAAUUCUCAAUUAAUCCAUCUCCAAAAUGACAUAAAACCCCUUAUUCAUCAUCUGAGUUGCCAUGAAAUCACAAGGGUGUUGUUGAGAUUUCAGUCUGAUGGUUUUUCAGCUUUAACUUUCUUCAACUGGGUUAAAAAUGAUCUGGGUAUUAAACUUUCUUCACAUAACUAUUGUUACAUUAUCCAUAUAUUGGCUUGGUGUAAGAAGUUCUCUUUAGCAAUGAAAUUGUUAUGUGAAUUGAUUGAUUAUGUUAAGGAUUGUUCAAAUUGUGAAAAUGUUUUUGGAAGUUUGGUUUUUUGUAGUAAAGAUUGUAACUUUGAUCCUGUUGUUUUUGAUAUGCUUAUUAAGGGUUACGUAAGAAAGGGUAGGGUUAGAGAAGGUUUUAUGACUUUUAGAAACAUUUUGGAGGUUGGGUUUUUGCCCAGUGUGAUUUCUUGUAAUUGUCUUUUGAAUGGGCUUUUGAGGUUGAAUUUUGUUGAUCAAUGUUGGCUACUGUAUGAAGAGAUGUGUAGAGUGGGGAUUCAUCCAAAUUCUUACACUUUUAAUAUAUUGACUCAUGUUUUUUGUAAAGAUGGAAAUGCUGAUAAAAUUAAUGAGUUUUUGGAGAGGAUGGAAGAAGAAGGGUUUGAUCCUGAUUUGGUCACAUAUAAUACUCUGAUUAGUAGCUAUUGUCGGAAAGGGAGACUGAAUGAUGCAUUCUAUUUGUAUAGGAUUAUGUAUCGGAGGAAUGUGGUGCCAGAUUUGGUUUCAUAUACUGCAUUGAUGAAUGGUCUUUGUAAAGAAGGGAGGGUGAGAGAGGCUCAUCAGUUAUUCCAUAGAAUGGUUCAUCGAGGAUUGAGUGCGGACAUCGUGUCAUAUAAUACUCUUAUUUCUGGUUACUGUAAGGAGGGGAGGAUGCAAGAGUCAAAAUAUCUGAUGCAUGAGAUGAUAGGAAAUGGGAUUUGCCCAGAUAGUUUUACUUGUCGAGUUCUUGUAGAAGGAUAUGGGAAACAGGGUAGGUUAAUUUCAGCUUUGAAUUUGGUUGUAGAACUUAGGAGAUUCAGGGUGUCAGUGUCUUCAGGUAUUUAUGAUUAUUUAAUGGUUUCUUUAUGUCAUGAGGAUCGGCCAUUUGCCGCAAAGAAUCUCCUUGGAAGAAUCUCUGAGGAUGGUUAUGUGCCUAAACUGGAUAUCUAUAAUGAAUUGAUUGAGUCAUUCUGCAGAUGUGAUAGUGUGGCAGAUGCAUUACACCUAAAAGCCGAGAUGGCACAAAGGAGAAUAAAGGUUGAUCUUGUUGCAUAUAGAGCUCUUAUAUGCUGCUUGUGUAGAACAGGUAAAUGUCGCGAGGCUGAAUCCUUGAUGAAAGAAAUGCUUAAAUCUGGUAUUCUUCCUGAUCCCCAAAUAUGCAGGGCACUGAUACAUUGCUACUGCAAGCGAUUGGAUUUUGAUAAAGCAGAGUCGAUGUUGAACUUCUUUGCCAAGGAAUUCCAAAUUUUUGAUACUGAAAGUUACAAUUGUCUUGUCAGUGUAUUAACUGAGGAUGGUGAUAUGAAUAAGUUAAUGGAGCUUCAGGAUAGAAUGCUGAAAGUGGGGUUUGCACCUAAUAGCCUGACGUGCAAACUUGUAAUCCAUGGUUUAUUGAAAUCUACUGCUAGAUUGGAAAAAAACGAAAGUUUGUUGAGAACUGGAGAGUUUUUGAAGGGAAUUCUAAGGGAGACUGCCGGAGGACCCUUGGAAAAAUGGGACAACGUUGCAAACAAUGCCAAAAAAAAGGUUGUAAUAAUCAGCAGCAUUUGACCAGUUAGGGUUCUUUUACAGUUUGUAUUAUAUGUUAUACAUUUGACCCUGCAACUUUUUACUUUUUAUAAAAGGGUCCCCUGUUGUUUUCCAAUUGAUGCUUGAUCCCAUGAAAUUUACUCCUGUAUUCAUACAGGACUAGGUUAUCAACCUUUACGAAAACGAAACUUUGCAUGA